AUGGCGCCGAAGCGACGGCGUGCCGCCAAGUCUAAGCCUGCACGAAAGGCAAAGGCCAAGCCGGCGCCGAAGCGAAAGUGCGCCGCUAAGCGUAAGGCUGUGCGAAAGUCAAAGGCAAAGGCCAAGCCUAAGCCGGCAGUCAAAGCUUCGGAAGUGGAAGCAAACGCUCAGGACAGCAGCAACAGCUCCAGCAACGACAGCAGCAGCGAAAGCAGCGACAGCAGCGACAGCAGUGCAGGCAGCCGUGUCGGCAGCAGUGUUGCCGACGAGCCACCUGCGACACAGCAGUCAGUUGACCUUUGUAGCCAGGUAUCCUGUUUGGUUUACGACGGUGAUUCUCAGGAUGAGUGUAUGCCCAAGACCAAGCCUGAGUCUUCACUCGGCAAGGCCAACCAAGCAGUUUGCCUUCGGGACAUUUUCUCGCAUCACUUUAGAUCCCUUCAGCGGAUUCAAGAGCAUUGGGGAGAUGAGGCCAUCGUCAGGUUGCGCGACAACCUGGACUACAUGCGAGUGGCAAGCCUGUACAGUGGCCUGGGCGGUGCCGAAUUGUCAGCGUCAUUGGCAUACAUCGCAACCAAAGAGCAUUGUAGACUUCAUGGUUUGGUGGUUCCGGGGCCUCCGGUGCCUAUCAUGGCGUGUGAAAUGGAUAGUAGCUGCCAGAAGGUACCUCCUCGCAGCAUCGUGGGGAACUUGACGGACUUUGUCAGCCAGGAGGCUGUGACGGAGAUGCGUGCGUUGCUGGAGCAAGCAAAAACGAAGCCUGCUUUUGUUCAACGCAAAGGGGCCUCCAAGGGGGAUGCCAAGGUUUCCGGGAGAGGCCGGCCCAAAGGAGGGUCAUCGCCUGAAGUGAAGGAGGCAGCUGCUCGUGAAGCCCACUCACUCGUUCAAUCCAUGCUUGCGGCGAUACACAAGCAUGGUGGCAUUUUGGAUUCUGUUUGGGACACGAAGCAUCGCAAGGCGGGUCAAUGGAUUCUGGUGUGGAGUUCCCUGCGUGUGUGA